GAAAGGAUAGCUUGGUACGAGGUGGUGUGAGAAAAUGACUUGUUGUGGAUAUAGGAUUCACAUUGAGUGCAAAAAGAGACGGUUUAUUUUUAAGGGGUGGUGUUUCGUUAGCAGGAACUGAACAACGGAUUUCCAAAAAUCAUCAACUGUAUCGAUUAGUAUCGGCUUGAUAAUCGAUAAUUGAUUAUCGUUUGAUUUGGUUCAAACAUUAAUGACGGUCUGUCUGGUUGUAUAGGCACAUGAUGAUCCAAUCAGUUUAUAACAAGGCACGCGGUUUGAGGAUUGAUUUCGAAGGAGGAAAUAAUGUUGUGAUCAAUAAACAUAAAUGCUGUCAUCAUUUUUAGACGUGAGAACUUUUAUACGUCACAACGGGCUGAAGUGAUCACAUGGGGAAGCUGUAAUUGUUACAGAAAAUAAGAACCAAAAAUAGUGAUUUAAUUACUGCAAACAUGCUCGACUACCACCAGAAACAGACUCCGAGAAUGUACCAAAGCCAGGGUCUACCACCGGCUGUGCAAUCGAAGCUUCUACCAGGCAGGGACCUUGUCUGGGCUGUACCGGAGACUUCGGUGAUCCGCUACGGGGGUCGAUCGACUGCUCCUCCGGAACCCGUGGAUGUCGAGAAAAAUUCGGCGGGAAAAAGGAUGAUUAACACACCGCAAAAUAUGGCUGCUCCAGAUCUCGCUAUGAUGGACGAGAUCUGGAAUGGAGAGUUCGCCAAAGUAUUCCAGCCGUACCUACCCCAUAUUUGGUACCUCUCACCCACCGAAGUCUGCCCCAGCCCACGCUGGAGACGCUUCAAAGACAGCGCCAAAGUUCGCUUCUGUUGCCAGACAUGCGGCCAUGGUUGGACUUCCAUGAAAGGUCGAGUUGUCUUUUGGUAUUUUCUACACAUUCCGUACUGUGAGGGUUAUGUACAGUUUAAGCUGUACGGACAACAAUGCCAGCGGUGCAACAACGGUAUGUUUGAACCAGCGAUGUGGUACCCCGAGGAGGUUAAUAAAGUACUGUGCAAUCUUUACAACAGGAUUGGUCAGACGUACUACGGAUUCGUCAAACCCCCAAUACGCUACGAUCGUCGUGCCGGUAAACCUCGUACCCAACACAACGCAACGUUGUGUCAGGCUUGUAGAGAUGGGGAGUGUGACAGCAGACCACGCACGACCACGCCCACAUCGGGUCACGUGGCAGUGCCCAGCCCGACCCCAGGAACCACUAAGCUUCAGGUUGUCAGGGUGUGACGUAAUCAUUGACGGGUUGUUGGUACUCAACGUAGAAGGCGGCAUGGCCGAUGACGUACUUCAUAAGUAAAAGUAGUCGUGCACGAAACUUGAAUAAAUUAUCGAUGGUCGAUUUUGGACCUGACCUUACACUGCUGCGCAGUGGUCGGUUAUUCUUAAUUUUAGAACGAAGUCCCUUAAGUUAAUCGAAACAAAAAAGGGCUCAUCACUAAUUUGGUUAAAACUGCGUUCAUUAGAUGUAAAUAUUCACCAAGUGUGACAGUUAUUGAAUAAUCAAUUAAAAGGCUUGUUUACAAAAGCUAUGGAAUACAAACUAAUUCACAUGGCAAUUUUUUGAGUUAAUCGAUUAUAUAAUCGAUUUGAUAAGUUUUCGAAACGAAAAAUCUAUAACCUGUCUGAAAUAACGAAGCCUUGGCCCUCUAUUGACCAUCUGCAAGGUCGAAUGAUCAUCAACUUUCACCCCUCCCGACACAACAUGUUCUACUAGUGGAAUGAACACAUUUCCAAUGAGUCAAACAAAGGCAUGCAAUUGUAGAUUUAAUAACGACAAAUUAAUGUUACUUUAUAAUAGCCCAGGUUUUUUUUUCAAAAUUGCUGGGCAGGAAUUUGAACCUAGACGGUUUUCAAUGUACAGUACAUUUUGUAUAAAGGAAAUAAUCAAUUAAAAUAAUUAAUCACUGACUUAGAUUUUUAACACCUAUUUUAUCACAAACUGUGAUGCAUAGCGUGAUACUCGAAAACCCCAACAUUAUACUUGUGUAUCAGGUACGCUUCAAAUCAAUCUAAUAUUUCAUUAUUUAAUUUUGUUGUGGUGUGCAUAUAUUUUUACUGGUUGCAGUUUGUUAGUUUGAAUUUCACGAGAAUUGUAUUUCUGUUUUCUUUUGUGGUGAUUUGGCUGCUGGUGAAACUUUAACCACUUUAUUAUAACAAUUUUUCAAAAGAAAACAUAACGCACCAGUUUGUCAACAAAGGCACACCAUUGGCUGCAAGUGUUGUUCUUGCAGAUCGGCUAUACGUUCUCUGCUCUAUGAUUGGUUGACCUCAGCUUUGUGGUCACAAUUUGCAAGCGUUUAAAAUCUUCUAUAUUAAAAAUAAUAUAGUUAUUAUUCUUCAAUUAACAGAUUAUACGUAUGCUACAUUGGACUGGGUAGUCACCAAUAGCCAACAUUUAGUUUUGCUUCUCGGAAAAAAACCUCCACGAAAUAAUUGUUUUGAAUAAAACGACGUUAGAGGGCGCCCUGUCAACUCUACGCUCUCUUACUAUAGACCUUUUCGCAAAAACCGGGGCGCGCGCGUAAAGCUUGGAAUUAGGUGCAUUGUGGUCUAGCUGGUAUCC